GCGGGCGGGCUCCCUCAGAGGGCCCGGCCCGCCCGGCCCCGCCAUGCCGCUGCAGCCGCGGCUGCUCCGCACCUACUCGCGGCGCGCCGGCUACCUGCGCCCGCUGCCGCCGCCUGACCGCUGGAUCUCGCCGCCGCAGGACCGCAAGCGCCUCUUCAGCUCGACCUCCGCCGCCUCCAGCGCCGCCUCCAGCGCCCUCUCCGCUUCCAGCGCCGGCUCCACCCCCUCGGACGACCCCGACUUCUCGCCGCCCGGCAGGUGGGCCCCGCAGGCCCUCGGUAAGCGCCCCGCCGGGGCCCGGCGGCUGCGGACCCGCAGGAAGGAGAACCGGGAACCGGCCGGGAAGGAGAACCGGAAGCCGGAGACCCGGGGGCGGGAGACCCGGGGCCGGGGAAAGGAGAACCGGGAGCCGCCGGGGAAGAAGAAGUGGAGCCAGGGCAAAGAGCCCCGCGGGCGCAGAGAGGAGCCCCGGCGGUCGCCGCCGUCGCUGUCCUCGCCCUCGCCGUGCCCGUCCCCGUCCCCGCCGCGCGGUUCGCGGCGCCGCCGGCAGGGCCCGCUGUGCGCGGCGCGGCCGCCGCUGCUGUGCAGCACCCCGCAAUGGGCCCCGCCGCUCCGCAGCGCCCCGCUGCUGCUCAGCUCCACCGCCGACAGCGCCUCGGCGCCCGGGGACAGCCCCCCGCGCCGCCGCCGCCGCCGCCGCUCCCCCGUGCGGCUCAGCUCGCUUCUGCUCAGCACGACCAUCGAGGGCGGCUCGGUGCUGGGCGAGUCCCGCUCGCAGCACCGGCUGCCCCGCGGCUCGCCCGAGGGAUGCUCCGGGCAGCGGCGGUCGCUGCUGGGCGCUGGCGAGGAGGUGCCUGAGUGGUUCCGAGCGCAAGGCUUGGCUCGGAGCUGUGAGUCCCAGGCCGGGCUGAGAGGGUCCCGCCGUGUUCUGAGGUCGGCGGUGCGGGGACCCUGCCCAGCACAGACUGUCCCGUCCCCACUGAAAGCCCCAAGCACUCCCCCGCCCCUGGAGGUUGAGCCACAGCCCCCUGCGCCCUGUGACAGUGGCACUCGUGAGGAGCCCUGUGAGGUCCCAUCUCAUCUCACUGGAGCUUCGGCAAAAAAACGCUCGACCUGUCAUGGAGACCUGGCCGAGGAGUACCAGCUUGUGCCAGUGGUGGUCUUGGACCGUCUGGAAGUGCCAAUGAGGUUGAAGAGCAUGAAACUCAAAAAUCAGGCUGAUGUUCAACCUGCCUGCCUGCAGCCAGGAUCUCCCGUGGGCCGCCAAGAGAUCUUGGAGAACAAACACAAAAGGACCAAGGGUGUCCCUGGGGAGGGCAGCACCUGCAGGAAAGCUUGUAUCAGCGGCUUCAGUGCCAGCCGCUGGGGCAGGCACACCCGGCUCCGGCCAAGAAGGCACAAGAACAAGAGGCAGCAGCAGCCCAAUAAUUCCCUUUUCAGACUCCGGACAAGGCAAAAGCGAACUCGGAGGGGAGCUCUGGAGAUGUCUGUAGGUGUCAGAGACAAUGACUCUUCACUCCUCAAUAACUCCUAUUCCUGGGCUAGAGUUCGAGCGUCCCUGUCCUUCCAUAAAAAGAAGAAAGUGACCACAGAUGAGAGUUUCUGCAGCAGCAUCCUGUGCACCCCUUCAGGGAAAUCCCAGCUUUCGGGGUACCAAGCCAGCCUGUCUGCUGGGAAAGCUCAGGGUGGCUCCUGGUUUGCUUCCUCCAUGGUCCUGCUGGCUCCCAGGGAUUCCUCCUCUGUCCUGGAGCUGCUCCUUACAGAUGCUGAGAAAGUGUUUGGAGAAUGCAACCAGGAAGGCCCUAUUGCUUUUGAGGAAUGCAUUCCUUUGAAUAAGAUGAAAGAUUGCAAGAAAAUUGGAGAAGGGGUUUUUGGAGAGGUGUUCCAGAUUGACAGCGAGAGAGGACCCGUGGCCUUAAAAAUAAUUCCCAUUGAGGGGACUGAAAAAAUAAAUGGUGAAGCUCAGAAGAGCUUUGGGGAGAUUCUGCCUGAGGUAAUCAUUUCAAAAGAGCUCAGUCUUCUGUCUGAAGGCUCUGUGAACAGAACUGUGGGGUUCAUCAGCCUCUACUCUGUGCACUGUGUCCAGGGGGCCUAUCCCAGGUAUCUCCUGGAAGCCUGGGACAAAUUCCACAAAGAAACAGGCUCGGAAAACGACCGGCCAGACUUUUUUGGGGCCCAGCAGCUCUUCAUGGUGCUGGAGUUUGAGUUUGGAGGCCAGGACCUGGAGCGCAUGAGGAACAGCUUCUCCUCGAUGGCAUCAGCCAGGAGCAUCCUGCACCAGGUCACUGCAUCCCUGGCAGUGGCAGAGCAGGAGCUGCACUUCGAGCACAGGGACCUGCACUGGGGGAACGUGCUGGUCAGAAGCACAAAGCACAGAGAGCUGCAGUAUGUGCUGAAUGGAGAGACCCACUCCAUCCCCUCUGCUGGCAUCCACGUCAACAUCAUCGACUACACCCUGUCCCGCCUGGAGAAGGACGGGCUCACCGUCUUCUGUGACCUCUCCACGGACCUGGAGCUCUUCCAAGGCACUGGGGACCCCCAGUUUGACAUCUACAGGCAGAUGAAAGAGGAGAACUCCAACAGCUGGACUGACUACCAUCCCCACAGCAACGUCCUCUGGCUGCACUACCUGGCUGAUAAACUUUUGAAAGCCAUGAGCUACAAGAAGAAGGCAUCAACUCCUGCCCUGAAGAAAAUCAAGAUGCAGCUCAGCAAGUUCCACAAGGAAGUGCUGACCUUUGGGUCUGCCCUUGAUGUUCUGCACCACAGCAGCCUCUUCCAGUGAGCAGGGGCCCAAGGACUGAGCCACUGGUGCUGCCUUUCUCCUCUGCUUUCUCCUCUGCCUUUUUGUAUGUGUUGGCACAAUGAAGUGUUUUGAUUGGUUCCCAAUAUUUUUAACAUGUUAUCAAAAAUGUCCUAAAAAAUCCCCCCCAAUGUCUUCUGCUCUAAGAUAUUUCCAUACCUGCUGGUUUUGAGGGGUGCUGGAGGGGAGACAACAGAGCUGACUUUGGAGAAAGGAGGGGAAAAGAGACUUCUUCAAGCUCAGUUAAUGCUCUUAAUUUCACAUAGAUUUUCUUACCAUUUUAGCCUUAGAUUAUUAAAAGUUCUUUUCUUACUGUA